AUGGAUAAUUUAUUAAAAGAAUUUGAAGAUAUGGGAUGUAAAGUUGAGGUUGGUUGUAAAGAGAAAAGAAGAAAAAAAACAAUUUUUGAAUCAAUAAAAAAAUUAAAGGAAAGUGGUUAUGAUGAUAAGAUUAUUUAUGCAAAAAAGUUGUAUAGGUAUUAUUGUACUCUUAAUAGUAUGGGUUAUAUUUUAAAUCCAAAGCAAAUUCCUUUUGAAGAAGAUAAAUAUGGUAUUCAUUAUCUUUGUAGUUAUAUAGAUGGUAUUGUUAAUACUGCAAAGUUAAGUAUUGCUGGUGUUAUUGAAGCUCUUGGAAAUGAUGAGCCACUUGAUCCUUUUUGUAAAUAUCUUAUGUUUACUCAUAUGUAUACUCCAGAGCAGGUAAAAGAAAUUGGUCAUGAAGAAUUAUACAGAAGGGAACAAAAGUUUAAAGAGGAUGAAUUAAUAUAACCAACUAAUAAAAAUGGAAUCAAGAUCAAGAGAAACUACUCCUACAAAAGAGGAUUUGGAUUUUAUAGUUGAUGAUGGUUAUAAACAUGAUGAGGAUCCAGAUUAUAUUCCAAAAGAAAAAUAUGUUGUUACUGGAUCUGAGUUUAAGAGAUUAACCAGAAAUGCUAAAAAACUUGGUGCAGAAUCACUUGAUUAUUCAACUAGAAAAAAUAACAAAUACAUGGCAACACUUCCAGGUGGAAAGAAAGUUCACUUUGGUUCACCAAAAUACCCAGACUACAUUAUUCAUAAAGACAAAGAUCGACGAGAUAAAUAUCUUUCUAGAGCAACAAAGAUUAAAAAUAAACAGGGGGAGUUAACUUAUAAUAAUCCAGAAUCGAGUAACUUCUGGUCAGUACAUCUUCUAUGGCCUAAAAAAUAAAAUUGAUUUAUGAUUUAAAGAUUAAAUAAAUACUAAUAAAAUGCAGUUAACAGCUUACGAAAAUCUUACUCCAGAGAAUAUUAUCUUUAAAGAACCUAAAGAGUACAAAGUAAAAGAUAGCAAAAUCAAAUACAAACGUAUUCCAAUUGAAGUUAAAUAUUCAAAUGGUGCGAAAGGUCCACUUGUAAUCGAAACACCAGUUCUUUUUUCUUUUGGUGUAAAUGAAAAGAAAAACCAAGAAACAAAUAAGUUAGUAGGUUAUAGUAUUCCAGUGUGUCUUUGGGCUAAAGAGUGUGAGCCGAGUACUAAAGAGCGUGCAUUUUUUGAUGUUAUUAAUAAUAUAAAAACUGCCUCUCAGCAAUAUUUAGAGAACGAAUACGGUCCAGAUUUAGCAUCAACUCUAUCUUCACCAUUUUAUUUUAAACAGGAAGAAUAUACAGAUAAGAAAGGAAAAAAGAAAACAAGAAUAGAUCCCUCAUCAGCGCCAAUUCUUUACGCAAAACUUAUUUACUCUGAGAAAUCAAAGAAAAUUCUUUCACUAUUUAAAACAAAAGGAAAGAAGGAUUUAAAUCCUUUCAAAUAUAUCAAUCAAUAUUGCAAUGUUAAAAUGGCACUAAUAAUCGAAGGAAUAUUUAUUAGUAAGACUGUUACAUCUUUACAAAUAAAAGUACAUGAGUGCUAUAUCAAACCAUUAAAACCUAGGGAAUCUUUACUAACAAUUGAGGAGGAAGAGAGUGAGGGUGAAGAGAUGACUAAUCAAGUAGUUGAAGACUUACUUUUAUCUGAUAAAGAAGAAGAUGAGUAA